UCAAGUGGUAGAGCCCCUGCCUAGCAAGUGUGAGGCUCUGAGUUCAUACCCUAGUUCUGCAAAAAAAGAAAAAAAGUGUUUGAAGUGUGGUAGAGAACUUUACUGGCAUGGGCAAGUAUUCGUGGGUUUGAUUCCCCAGCACCAGAAAAACUUUUUUUUGAGAUGGAGCUAUGGGAAGAGAUUUUUUUCUUGUGUGGGGGAGAUGUAAAUGUUCAUAAUUUAUUCAAGUAUUCACUGAGUGUUUUCUGUGUGCAAGUCAUAAUUGUAAACACUAGGGAAAUGAGGGAGGAGACAGACAUAUUUCAGUCCUUCUGAAGGGCUAGAGAGAUAGACACUGAGUAACUACAUAAUUAUUUAAUUACAGCUGGAUAAGUGCUAAAAUAAAGCUAGAAUACCUUGAUGGUUUAUAUGGAGGACACUUGUCAGAGUCUGGGGAAGUCAAGUUUGAGCUGAACCUUGAAGAAUGAGCAGGAAUUGAGUAGGCCAGGAGGUAUGGUGGGGGUGGGAGGAGGAAGCUGGAGCAGUGCAUUCCAGCAGAACAACGUGGAAAGCUGCUGGCAAGUUUGAGGCACUCAGAAGGCCAGUGUGAUCAGAGCAGAGAAAGCAUGAAGAGAGACUGAAUGGCUGGUUGUGAGGUAUCGAAAACCUUCCCUUUGAAUUACAGAGAAACUUUCAGCUUAUGAGGGACCUAGACCAAAGAACAGAGGACCUGAAGGCUGAAAUUGACAAGUUGGCCACUGAGUAUAUGAGUAGCGCCCGCAGCCUGAGCUCCGAGGAAAAAUUGGCCCUUCUCAGACAGAUCCAGGAAGCCUAUGGCAAGUGCAAGGAAUUUGGUGACGACAAGGUGCAGCUUGCCAUGCAGACCUAUGAGAUGGUGGACAAACACAUUCGGCGACUGGACACAGACCUGGCCCGUUUUGAGGCUGAUCUGAAGGAGAAACAGAUCGAGUCAAGUGAUUAUGACAGCUCUUCCAGCAAAGGCAAAAAGAAAGGCCGGACUCAAAAGGAGAAGAAAGCUGCCCGUGCCCGUUCCAAAGGGAAGAACUCAGACGAAGAAGCCCCCAAGGCUGCUCAGAAGAAGUUAAAACUUGUGCGCACAAGUCCUGAGUAUGGGAUGCCCUCAGUGACCUUUGGCAGUGUCCACCCCUCUGAUGUGUUGGAUAUGCCUGUGGAUCCCAACGAACCCACAUAUUGCCUUUGUCACCAGGUCUCCUAUGGAGAGAUGAUUGGCUGUGACAACCCUGAUUGUUCCAUUGAGUGGUUCCACUUUGCCUGUGUGGGGCUGACAACCAAGCCUCGAGGGAAAUGGUUUUGCCCACGCUGCUCCCAAGAACGGAAGAAGAAAUAGAUGAGGGCCUUGGAUUCCAUCACAGAUUCUUCCACAUCCCCUGACCUGGGCUAGUAGGCAGAGGAAUGCCUGUAUUGAGGCUGGGGGUCUAGGGAGAUGUGGAUGAUGCAGUACUGUCAUCCCUUCUCCUCUCCUCUCCCCAAUCCCGGUGCUGAGGCUGCAUCAACCCUGGUAGGGAGGGUGCCACAGCCACUCAUGGUAUGUGCUCUCAUUCCACCUUCCCCUUCAGAGGGAAAUGAUCUUGCCCGCUGUCCUUUUGCCUCCAUGCUGAGGUUGGUGCUGUAUUUCCGAGGGAGGGUCCUCUUCAUUCCCCUUGCAUUGUAUUUAAGGACUAGGGCAGUAGCAUGGGGCAUUUCCCCCAACCCACUUAAUCCUCCCUCCCCCUGUGGGGGGCUAGGUGUGAUAAACUUUUUUCUCCAUUCUCUUUGUUUUUUUCAUGUUGAGGGAUUCCCCUAGAUCAUUUGGGCUCUGGCCCUAGUUAAAGGGGCACCCCUUUGUGCCAAGGGGAUUCAUCCUGGACCUGAAUGGAAGCGGGGGUAAGGUAGACUGCAGAUAACUCACAUGUAAAAGGAGUUUGGGUAGGUAAAUAAAAGGUAUCCAUGUUGGCCUGCUGUGUUUAUUGUAGAGACACUAUUUCUGUACAUGUGCUAAGCAUUC